AUAGCAGGUUGAAGAAGAGCAUGAACCAAAGUAGAGUUGGAACACUAAUCCCAUGGAUCUCCUCCAACAACUAAUCAAUACUCCCUCCUCCCUAAUACCAAUCUUCUUCCUCACAACUGCUCUACUGUUCGCACCCCUACUAUUGACAUCAUUAUUCAAAAGCAAAUCGAAAUCGAAACCGACAAAACUCCCACCAGGACCCUCGAAACUCCCCAUCAUCGGAAGCCUGCACCACCUCCUCUUCUCCCUCCCCCAACACAAGCUCCGCGACCUUGCCCUCCACUACGGGCCUGUGAUGCUCCUCCGCCUCGGCCAAGUCGAUAACGUGAUCAUUUCCUCCGGAGCCGCGGCCGAAGAUGUCUUCAAGACCCACGACCUCAGCUUCGCUGCCGCACCCACAACCCUGAGCUACAACUGCACCAGCAUCUCCUUCUCCCCCUACGGCGACUACUGGCGCCAGCUCAAGAAGAUCCUCGUCAGGGAGCUCCUCACCUCCAAGCGCGUCAAGUCCUUCUCCUCUCUUCGACACCAAGAAGUCUCCAAUCUCCUCAAAGACAUCAACAAUGAAAUCUUGGGACCUGUCAACGCUAGUUCUAAGUUUAGGGAGCUGUUUAAUACGCUGGUGGCGAGAGCGGCGUUUGGAGAUAAAUGCAGGCAGCAGAAGAGGUUCAUCGAGACGGCGAAGGAGGGGCUGAGGCUUGUCACGGGGUUUAACGUGGCUGAUCUUUUCCCGUCGCUAGCGUAUGUCGAUGUUUUGAGCGGUAUGAGGUCGAGGUUGGAGAGGGCGCACCACGAGUUUGAUCGGAUUCUUGAUGAGAUAAUUGAGGAUCAUAGAAAGAAGGUGAAGAACGAGGAGGAGGAGGAGGAGGAUUUGGUUGAUGUUUUGCUUAAGGUGAAGGAACGCAGUGAUUUGGAGAUCCCUAUAACCUUUGACAACCUGAAGGCUGUGAUUUUGGAUGUCUUCGUCGGAGGUACAGAAUCAUCAGCAGUGUUAACUGAAUGGACAAUGUCAGAACUAAUGAAACACCCGGAAAUGAUGGCUAAAGCACAAGACGAAGUCCGACGAGCUCUCAAAGGAAAACCUCAAAAUCUAGAGUAUUUAUCUUCACAACUUGGUGAACUAAAAUACUUAAACUCGGUAAUCAAAGAAACUCUUAGGCUCCACCCACCGGCUCCAUUAAUACCCAGACUCUGCAGAGCAACCUGCACAGUUCAAGGAUACUCCAUACAAGCGGGAACCAGAGUCACUAUCAAUGUUUGGGCUCUGGGCCGAGAUCCAAACCGCUGGGCCGACCCUGAGAUUUUCAAGCCUGAGAGGUUUGAGGAGAGCUCUAUCGAUUUUAAGGGAGUAGAUUAUGAGCUCCUUCCAUUUGGUGCAGGGAGAAGAAUAUGUCCCGGGAUUACUUAUGCAAUGGCUAAUAUCGAGCUUGUGUUGGCCGCGCUUCUGUUGUGGUUCGAUUGGAAACUUCCUGAUGUGAUGAAGCCUGAGGAUCUCGACAUGACUGAGACUUUCAGUGCGAAUUCUGGAAGGAAGAAAGAGCUCUAUUUGGUUGCUACUCCUUUUGAUUGACUACCUAGAUUCAAGCAAACUAGUUCCUUAAUUUGUCCCUUUGUAUAUUUUCUUUGGUUAAUGUUUUAUUGUGUGAUUCUGAUUAUUUUACGUCUGAUGAAGUAAAGCGUAAGUGUGAAGCGUGUCA